UGGUGAUUCGUUAUUGCACGCCAAGACCAAACACUCUAAUUGAUUCUAAGUUGGAUAAGGAAAUCAUCAACAAAUAGAGGCAAUAGUAUUUGUAACAAAGCAACAUUCCUUGUUUGUAUUAUGUUUCUCUGUCUCCUCAACACCUUACAUCACAUCUUGGCUUGUUAUAUUCUCUCAUCAUCACUACUUUACUCUUUUAUUGUGGUUAUCAAGUCCCCCACAUCACUAACAAAACUAUCAUUCUUGCUUCCACAUGAAAACCACUUUAUCACAUUCAUUUAUAGUCAAGUUUUCUAGUUCUAUAUCUCACAACACUAAGCAAACAACAAGAAGAUUUAAACUUCCAAUAUGGAUAUGAAAAAGAGUGAAUGUGAGAGAGAAGCCAAAGAAGAAGAGUUCAAUGAAGAUAGCAUACAAAGUAUAAUGUUCACAUUAGGUACUUUUCUUCUAAUGGUUUGUCUAAAGAGUUUCUUAGUUGAAAAAUGGCGUUCUUAUGUGUUCCUCUUCCUCAAUGUGAUUCUAUUAGCCAUUCUUUACAUGUCUAUGAAGCCAAAUUAUUGGAGUAGUAGAAAUUUAGAAAAUGUAAGCGACGUUGAAGAUGUGAAAAAUGAUGAGAAAGAGAAGAAAAUGGCAUGUGAACUUUCUCAAGAAAGAGAAAUUGAAGAAGAUAAAGAAUGUUAUAAAACACAGUGUUGGAGUAGGAGUAGUAAUUCUAGCACUAGUAGUCAUCAUCAUGUUGAUGUUGAGAAUGAGAUUGACGAGGAUGAUGAUGAAGAAGACGAGGAUGAACAUGUGGAAGUGUUGUCUAAGGAAGAAUUGAAUGAAAGAGUUGAAGCAUUCAUAGCUAUGUUUAGGAAGCAUUUGAUAUCAGAUGAUAAACAAGGUGAGAAUUUUAGGCACCAAAAAACAUCAAAUUUGACAACAAAGAUUCAAGUUUCUUGUUGUUGAGACUUAUUAGGUUCUAAUGAGAGAGAGCUAGAAGUUUGUUUUAUUUUUAUUUGUUAUUCUGGUCUAAAUGAUUAAGGAUGUUUUCUUGGUACUAGAUUGUUUGGAUUGAUGCAAUUUGUAGACAUAUUGUUUACAUCUAUUCUAAUAUAUUAAUACAAUAUAUUCAUCGA